UCAACAUGGAUAUGAACAUGACGAUGAACAAUGUGACGAUGGAUAUGACCAUGCAGAUGAGUUUCUACUGGGGCAGAGACGUCACUGUCCUCUUCCCUAAGUGGCCUGGAAACAGCCAACACAACUCAGGCAUGUACAUAUUGAUAUGGAGUGCGGCCCUCUCCGUCUGGCCGAUUAUCAAGCAGCUCAGCAGAAGUCCAGUAGCGGCAGGGCUAACUCAGGCUUCUCUUCACGCCCUUCGUGUCAGCUUAGGUUACUUUGUGAUGCUCGCCGUUAUGUCCUACAACAUUGGAGUCUUCAUAGCAGCCGUUACUGGCCACACCGUUGGGUUCUUUGUCUCCAAGACUAGUGCUCUUGCCAAGUCUUCAGAGCUCGAACCUUCAACGAGCAUUUGA